UAGAGUGAGCUCGACGAGCGGAGACAAUCAGCAGCAGUUUGAGCUCUACGACUUUGACUCUUUAGAUACAUAACUGCUUCAAUAACUGUUUGAGAGACGUCCAACAGCGGGACAAUUUUCAAAACAAAAUCAGCUCCAUGAUGUUAACACUCUAUCCUCAGUGACAAAGAGGCCACACGGGUGCACUGGAGCAUGGAGCUGGUGUCAGUACAGCAUGAAUUUGAGUACACAGCGAAGGAUGGUCGCCUUGUGUCCAUCAAGCCUAAUGAAACUUACAUCCUGGUCUCCAGAACUGACGAGCACUGGUGGUACGUCCGCAAAGACGAGCACACCAGACCCUUUUAUGUCCCUGCGCAGUAUGUCAAGGAGCAGCCAUCACUCACUGAACUCUCUCCUGGCCCUAACAAGAUGGAUUCACCUGAGUGUGUGACUAACAGUGAGCCAGUGGAUAUGGACAAUAUAAAACCACUUAAAGCGACAACAGUGAUUCGUGUAUCUGCUCUGAAUGCUUCAAGAGAGACACACCGCUUCUCCACUUUUGGUUUCGGUGAGAACAUACCAGAUGUGAAGCCCUGUGAGAGUCUGAAGGAAAAGCAAACCAGCAGCAGCUUUGCACACAGCCAGAAUAAUAUAAAGACACGCGAUUCAACAGAAGACUUUACAUUUACCUCUGCACCUCUGAAUACUGACAACCUACAGCUAUGUUUAAAACCUCAUUCUGUGCCAAAGGUCAAAAACGGACAAAAACCGCCACCGCAGGAUGAUAAAGUCGAACAGCCACAGACUUUUCUACAUGAUGAGGAUAUGAACUUCCCUUCACCCCCUAAUUCGCUCAUAUAUGACACCAUACCUGCAGUAGACAUCCCAGAAUUUGACACAUUUUCUGAGCUGCCUGUUCCUGUUUCCUUAAAUGAGACAUUAAUGAGACAGCAUAAUUUGAAUCCAACUGCAGAGGCAGCUGCAUCUCCAAAUGAACCUCCAAUUGAGCAGGUGGAGAAUGAAAAUCUUCGGUCAGCCGUGUACGUCAAUGUAGCACAACUUCGCAAAAGCAUCGCCGAGUCUCCCCCCUCGUCCUACUCUCCUUCCUACCUUGACCCAGAGGGGUGGGAGGCGCAUGUUGACCAAGAAAGUGGACAGGAGUAUUAUUACCACCCCGCCACGGGGCGCACCACCUGGGACAACCCCUUUCUUGACUCCCCCACGGAGCCAGAGCCGCCUUGUUCCCCCUCACCUCCUCAAUCUCCCGACCUUUCUCCAUCCUUCGCCUCCCCACCUGCGUGGACCUCAGACUGGGAGCAGUUGGUGGAUGAGACCAGCGGUCAGCCCUACUUCUACAACCCGAUGUCCGGGGAGACGUCCUGGGAUCCCCCAGAGCAGCUGAGCCCGUAUCCCCCUGUGAUGGAGCCGAUGAGUGUGCACAGGUUUCACGAGGACGGGCCGCCUCCUCUACCUGAGGAGGACUACCCCUCAGAGGAUUACCCAGCUGCUGAUCAUCCAGAGGACUGCGAUGAUCUCCUAGCCAUGGGACCUCCCACACUCCCUAAAGAGUACACCCUCAGUCUUGCGGGCCGGACCAUCAUCCCCCGUGCCAACCUGGACCGCAGUGCACCGUCCGGUUGGAACCUCAAUGUGCAGCCCAACGGGACCUGGGUGUUCACCAGUGAACACUCCCCAGAGCAGUGGAUCAAGUCUCUGGAUGAUCGAGGGCAGACCUACUACUAUCUGAGAGACGGCACCAGGUCUCAGUGGAACCUGCCUGAGAUCCCUGUAGGUCCCGGCCAGUCCAGAAUGGAGAAUGGCGUUGAUGCAGACAAUCUGUCCAUCAUCAAAAACUGGAGACACACCAUGGGACCGGCACAGCUCAGCUCUGCCCAGGAUGAUGGGAGGUUCGUACCAACUCACAGGAGGAACACGUCCGACUACAGCAGCGACAACUCCAGUACAGGACACUCUCCAGAGACGCAGCAUAACGUGCAGAACUUAGAGAAAGCCGGGAUUCUCAACAAAACAAAAGUGUGUGACAACGGCAAGAAAGUACGGAAAAACUGGACCCAGACAUGGACGGUUCUCCACGGAGGAGUGCUGACGUUCCACAAAGACCCAAAGUCUACAAUAACAGGGACUGCGAUCAAGACCAAUCAGAUUGUUCCGGAGAUCACGGUGGACCUGCGAGGAGCGUCGAUUGGCUGGGCCUCAAAGGACAAAUCCAGCAAGAAGAAUGUUUUAGAGUUAAAAGGCAAGAAUGGCGUGGAGUUUCUGAUACAGUAUGACACAGAAAGCAUCAUCACUGACUGGCACAAAGUCUUAAUGGACACCAUACGACAACUGGAGUACCAGGACCAUCAUUCAGAGGAGGACGAGGGCGACUUAUAUGAGAAGAUCGCAAUCACAGAGCGAGACGACAAGCAAAGACCCUCCAAACCGACCGUCACACACUCGUCCAGCUCUGCAGGAGACUCGGACCAGAAGAGGGUUCGGACCAAGCUGAUGAAGUUCCUCAUGAAACGGCCCACGCUGCAGUCUGUGAAGGAGAAAGGCUACAUCCGAGACAAUGUGUUUGGUUGCCAUCUGGCCACACUGUGUGCACAAGAGCGGUCAACAGUUCCUAGUUUUGUGGAGAAAUGUAUCAAAGCAGUGGAAAAGAGAGGUUUAGACAUUGAUGGACUCUACAGAGUGAGCGGGAACCUCGCUGUCAUUCAGAAACUACGCUUCAAGGCGGAUCAUGAGGAGCUGGACCUCGAGGACGGUCAGUGGGAGGACGUUCACGUCAUCACCGGAGCGCUGAAGUUGUUUUUCCGAGAGCUUCCUGAGCCGCUCUUCCCAUACAGCCACUUUAAUAAGUUCAUCUCAGCCAUCAGAAUUCCCGAUUACAACACAAAAGCGUCUUGCAUGUAUGAGCUGGUCAAGUCACUUCCUCCUUCAAAUCAUGAUACCAUGAAUCUCCUUUUUGGGCAUUUAUGCAGGGUCAUUCAGUACGGGGAGGACAAUCGCAUGACUGUGCAGAAUGUGGCAAUUGUGUUCGGCCCGACUCUGCUUCGGCCAGAGAUGGAGUCGGCCAACAUCACCAUGCACAUGGUCUUUCAGAACCAGAUAGUGGAGUUCAUCCUGCACGAAUAUCAGCUAAUGUUCUACUCCAGCUAAAGCAGUCACAAGCCUCCAGUGCAGACUCGGGCAAACGUCUGAAUGUGCUCAAAUUAUUUGAAGAUUUACCUUUUUUUUGCAUUCACAUAAACAGCUUCAGUGCAACAUCUAAAAUGAAGCUUCUCUUGUAAAAUAAGUUAAAGGGAUCUCCAAGUUUUCUUUUCUCAGAAUAUUUGAGGUUUAACCACGUAAAAAUUAGAUAAAAGGGAUCUUUAAAUGGUAUUUGCUGAGAAUAUUUGAAGCAUGUUUAACCACCGUUUUGUCCAGAUUUACUCCCUAGGAGGCUGACACUGUUAGAACUAUCGUUAGCAGUAUUGUAGGAUAGGAAAGCGAGCCACAAACAAGUGUGCUUUAGUUUCCCGUCUCAGAGCUUUUGAGCUUGUUGCUUGGGUGGAAGAAGGACUGUAUCAAAUUGCUCUAGCUGUCUUAAUCUCACAAGUCACUUUUGGGAGAUUUAUUGUUUAUUUCUUAUUUUUGGCUUGUCUAUAUUGCAGCGAUAAUAGAGCCUAAGUCAAACCUGAACGGAUGCAUUAAUGCUCUUACAGAAAUCAUCAAUUAUUGCUUCCAUCUUUAUUUUAGAAAGUUUGAUGACAUUUAAAUAUUGUUUUGAAUUUGAAAUGACAGAGUAUCAAAUAUGGCAAUAACUAAGAUUGUAUUCUAAUAAUGUGUCAUUUUUACCCAUGAAUCUUAUUGUAAUAUAGAAAUGUAUAAAAAUAAAUAAUACCAACAUCUUGCUGUGAAAUAGAUGGUGACAUAGAAUACUGCAAACUAUAGAUUAUUUUCCUCUGAAUAAAAUGCCAUUUUUCAAUCAUGCUGUACUUGAAGAAACUGUAUGAUAACACCAUAGAAAUACAAACUAGUGAUACAUUGUUUGACAGUAAAGUCAGUUUGACCAUGAAACAGAAGAGCAUAUUCUAGAAAGAUUUCUGACCUGUAAAUAGAAAUAGAAGGCAUAUUUAUGCUGAAGUUAUUCCAUAAUAAAGAAAUAACUUUGUAAAAAA